AUGCGACCUCUAGACCGGAUUCACUCGUGGGCGAAAGCUCACGCGUCCUCUCGUGGUUCUGCUCCUGAGACUCAAACUCCCUCCAGUGCUCUCGGUCCUCAACCCGCUGUGGGUGUGACCGCAACCUCCAAGCAAAAUGGACAAGUGACUGAUCCCGUUGGGACCCUGGCAACACCAGGGUCGAAUCCUGAAAAAUCCGAUGGGGAACAAGAGUCUACCCCCAACCGAGGACUUUUGGUCCGUAUGAAGGAUGGCAGCAUCCGGUUCGCCAGACAUACGAAGCAUGCCCUUUGUCACAGCUGGGUCAAUGUUCUGCUCGUAUUCGUGCCCGUUGGCAUUGCUGUUGAGGCUGUUGGGUUAAGCCCGGGUCUUAUCUUUGCCAUGAAUGCCAUCGCCAUCAUUCCACUGGCCGGUUUAUUGAGCCAUGCUACCGAAAGUGUCGCUAGUCGUUUGGGAGACACCAUCGGUGCUCUCAUCAACGUCACUUUCGGAAAUGCCGUAGAGCUAAUUAUCUUCAUUAUUGCACUGGUCAAGAAUGAAAUCCGAGUGGUUCAAGCCUCCUUGUUAGGCUCCAUUUUAGCAAAUCUGCUGCUCAUCAUGGGAAUGGCCUUCCUCUUGGGAGGUCUUCGUUUCCAGGAACAAAUCUACAACAGCACUGUCACUCAAAUGAGUGCAUGUCUUCUCAGCUUGAGUGUCAUGAGCUUGCUUUUGCCGACCGCUUUCCAUGCCUCAUGGUCAGACAAUGCAGCUGCUGAUAAGUAUACUCUGAAAGUCAGCCGCGGAACUAGUGUGGUCCUGCUUCUGGUGUACAUCCUGUACAUUGUCUUCCAACUCAAGUCCCAUUCCUACCUUUAUGCUAGUAUCCCACAGCAGAUCAUCGAUGAGGAAUCCCACCCUGGUGUUCUGGCCGAUUUCAUGAACCAUUCAUCAGAUUCCUCCAGCAGUUCAUCGGACGAAUCCGACGACACGACAACGUCGUGGAGCACUGCAAAACGUAUUAAGAAAGCGAUGAAGUACCGCAGACAUCGAAAAUCGAGCACUAGCUCCAAGGGCACCGCCUCCACUCCAUCAUUCCGCAAGCAGGUUCUGUCGGAAAUGCCAUCGACGGGAAGCAGCGAGACGCCCGACUCUGUUCAUCGCUCAACGUCGAUCCCCACGGAGGAUCCCGCAUCCUGUGCUAUUGAUAUCGGUGAUGAUCCUCGCUACGACGCAGACAAUGAUGCGAACCAAUUCGAACCCCACUUCCGAGACUUCGGUCAGGAAUCUAGUAAAGUAAAGCUUUCCAAGAAACAACUCAAAGCCAAACGACGUGAGAUGCGGAAGCAACAGAAGCUUGCAGAGAAGGCAAAUGAGACGACCGCUAUGGACAAAGCCACCAAUGCUCGUCCAUCCUUCAACACUCAUUUAUCGGAGCCUCCUCUGGAGCAGAGUGGAUUGGAGAAGGGCCUACAGGACCUAGAUUCUCCCAAGAGACGCACUCCAUUCCGUCCUGCUAUCCCAUCUCUGUUGUCAAACACUGUUUUCUCUAACUCCCAAACCCCAUACACGUCCGGGACGCUCCAACCAGCACCGGAACACCCAGAACCGGAAAUGUCACGCACGGCUGCAGUUGUCAUGCUGCUUCUCUCUACUGGUUUGGUCGCUGUCUGUGCUGAGUUUCUAGUGGACGCAAUUCCCGAGAUGAUCGAAAGUUCAUCCGUCAGUGAGGCCUUUAUCGGUCUCAUCAUUCUCCCCAUUGUUGGAAAUGCAGCGGAACACGUUACCGCUGUUAGUGUGGCUACAAAGAACAAAAUGGACCUGUCGAUCGGUGUCUCCGUUGGUAGCAGUAUCCAAAUCGCCAUUUUUGUCACCCCUCUGGUGGUUAUUCUCGGCUGGUGUAUGGACAAAGACAUGUCCUUGUACUUCACGCUGUUUGAGACUAUUUCUCUCUUCGUCACUGCAUUCGUGGUGAACUUCUUGGUGUUGGAUGGUCGCAGUAACUAUCUGGAAGGCGCUCUUCUGAUUGCGGCCUAUGUUAUUAUUGGUGUUGCUGCGUUCUUCUAUCCCCCUGCUAAUCUAUCUAGCGAUGUUGCUAGUGCUGGGCAUUAG